CCCCUGUGCCCGCAGCAUGUACCGGACCAACGCUGUCCUCAUCGCCAUGAUCAUCACCGCCAUCGUGGCCAUCAUCGUCACCAUCUUCUGCUUCCAGACCAAGGUUGACUUCACGUCGUGCCCGGGGCUCUUCUGCGUGCUGGGCAUCGUGGUCAUGGUCACGGGGAUCGUCACCGUCAUCGUCCUCUCCUUCAAAUACGUCCCCUGGCUCCACAUGCUGUACGCGGCCAUCGGGGCCAUCGCCUUCACCCUGUUCCUGGCGUACGACACGCAGCUGGUGCUGGGGAACAGGAAGAACACGCUGAGCCCCGAGGAGUACAUCUACGGCGCCCUCAACAUCUACACCGACAUCAUCUACAUCUUCACCUUCCUCCUGCAGAUCGUGGGCCGGGACUAAGCCCCCCCCCUCCCCCCC